AUGGGGUCAGGGCAAUUGAUGAACGGACCUAUGCCCUAUCAUGCGGAACUGAGAUCUGAAGAUUGUCCAGUCCUGAUCCGAGCAACCUGGUCGUGGUCCCAGGAUCUCACCUCCGAAGUCAAGCAUGGGUGCAACUUUGUCGACCUCACCAUAGACUCUGUCCUGAUUACGCCUGCAGCUGGGACCAAUCAGGCCGCCUUGAGCCCCGGUUCCACCGCUUCAGCGCCACCAGGGGUAGACGGACGAACUGCUCUAACCAGGGUAAAGAUCCCCAAAAACGCGGGCCGGGCCAUCUCGUUUCUGCUCGAACACUGCGUUGGUGGCCCAACCGUUGACCAAUCACACUUCAAAUUUAUCCUUGCUGCACAGGAUGGUUACAUUGUCAGAAGUGACUUCCUUGAAGAGUCCUUACGAGGGAUUCCUUUGAGCAGCGUGGUGCAAGGGUUUGUCACAUCGGGCCAGCAUUGCUCCAUUGCCCCGCCUCUCGCCGCUUCCCAAGGAUCGGCAAGUCAUUUGCUUGCCCUCCUCCAGUCGAGUGUCGGCGUGGUCAUGGCACGAGGCAGUAAGGCGCUCCAGGGCUUGGACCAUGAAUUGUUGAACCGUCUGUCAUGGCCUUGGAUCAUUGACACCCCUGUGAUGCCCAGUCGCGUUGUCAUGAUAUGCGAGAGACGAAGGCCCCCAAUGUGCCGAAACUUCUACGCGGCAGCUCGAGGUUGCGGAAUCUCUGUGGUGGUUAUGGACAAGCCGGGUCAUUGGAUGGAAGAUGACAAUGGACUUGGUCCUCAAUACCGAGAGCACUUCGUCCCAUUCACCACCACUGGCUAUGCUCUCAAAGACUUGCCUCAACAUAUCGCCGAUGUGAUCCGCGGUCUACCCUACAAGGUGGACGGCAUUCUGACCACGGUAGAUGUCUUUAUGCCUGGUAUUGCACGCGCUGCCGAGAUUCUCGGUCUGCCCACUCUCGGGUCCGAAGCAUAUCGUCGGGGCACUGACAAAUUCGAGACGAGACAGCUCUCACGGGCGCCGACCACAAUCAAAGUCGAGAGCCUGGAAGAAUUCCCGUCUCAACUGGCAGCUAUGCCGCAACCGCUGGAAUACCCACUGAUUGUGAAACCCACCCGCAGUCACGGCUCUGAGGGCGUUAUGAGAGUGGAGAAUGAAGCGGAGCUCAUUCAAGCACUGCAUUUUGCCUUUGCGGCGCUGAAGAAGCAACACGACCAAUUCGGGCUGGAAUACCACGGAGUCCCGGUCAUUGUGGAGACAUACUGCGAGGGUCCUGAAGUCGAUGUGAACAUGCUUCUUUGGGAUGGGGAAUUGCUGCAUGCUGAGGUGACCGACAAUUUCCCCUGCCUUGGCGAUAGCCCAGAGGCAGAAUCGAAGACGUUCGGCUGCACGGGCUCGAUCUUUCCUUCUGCUCUCCCGUCGGACGAAAUCGACAUGCUCCAGCGCGAUGUGCUGGCGAUCGUCCGAGCGGUGGGGCUGCACAGUGGCGUCAUCCAUGCUGAGGCCAAAGUGCACAACUCAGCAAGAGAAGUCUUCUUGGCUGAAAAAGGAAUGUAUGACCUACGACCCCGCAGCAAACCGGUUCCUGGCCGAGCCAGUACCUUCCUGCUGGAAAUAAAUCCACGGCCAGCAGGUCUUCCUGAGGCCAUGUGCUCGAUCUACGCAUACGGAGUGGACUAUUUUGCUGGUAAGCUACUACAUGCCAUUGGAGACGAGGCUCGCUUCCGUAGCAUCGCGCACGGAUUUCGAAACAAGCCAUCGUGGCAGUAUGCUUGGCUACCACAAGCUAUUGAGACUUCUACGAGUGGCCGUAUGCCCCACGACCUCGGCCUCGAGAAGCUGGGGCUCAGUAACUCCUACGCGGAUCAUUGGCAUUACUGGAAGGGGGGUGAGUGGGUACCUCCGGCGAAGGAUCGACCGUGGCCGGGGCUGGGUUUUAUGGUGUUCAGAUCGUUCACCAGCCGUCAGGAAUUGCUCCGGAAGAUAGCCGACGCUCGUGAGCAUCUAAGGUUUCAUUUGGAUUAG